ACAAAAAGCCAUGUUUUCGCCGCUGCUGUUGUUUAAGCGAUGCAAAACCGUGAACCACGGUUCGGCAACUUAAACGCUUACAGGUUUACAUGUCUAUGAUGACUGGCUCUUUUCGGGCAGACUGGUUUUAAUCCUACGACUCCAGAUCAUGGCUACUACUGAAAAUGCUGAAUCGGGUUCAGCGGAGACUAGAGUGGAGCGCAGGGCCGCUGACUCAGAUACUAAGUACCCACUGAAAGUGCUUUACUGUGGAGUCUGCUCCCUGCCAACAGAGUACUGUGAGUACAUGCCUGAGCCAGCAAAAUGCAGACAGUGGCUGGAGAAGAACUUUCCAGACGUGUUCGCCAAGAUGUGUGUAGAAAACAGUCAAAAGCAGGAAGCUGGAGAUGGAGAGGCGCCCCCUGCUGUUGAGGAGGAGGAAAAGAAAAAACAGAAAAGAGGUGGCAGAGGUCAGAUCAAACAGAAAAAGAAAACUGUUCCCCAGAAAGUAACGAUCGCAAAAAUCCCACGAGCCAAGAAGAAAUAUGUGACUCGGGUUUGUGGCCUGGCAACCUUUGAUAUCGACCUUAAAGAAGCACAGCGGUUCUUCGCCCAGAAGUUCUCUUGCGGUGCCUCGGUGACGGCAGAGGACGAAAUCAUCAUUCAGGGAGACUUCACAGACGACAUCAUCGACGUCAUUCAAGAAAAGUGGCCUGAGGUGGAUGAUGACAGCAUUGACGACCUCGGCGAGGUGAAGAAGUAGAGACCAGAAACAACCCCCGCCUCCCUCCAUUAACCCCCCCCCCCCCUGCACUUUCAUUAAGGCGUGCACCACAACGUGAACCUGCCGCCCCCGGCCCACUGCAUUAAAAGAAGAGCCAUUUCCUCUCUCUCUCUUAUUUACUGUACAGGAGCUGGGGAGUGGGCCUCCUCCCUGGCUAACACACUUCACUUCUGUAACUUCUAGCUGCUUCUCUCCGUUGCCAAAGGUCUGAUAUGAUUGUGAACUCCUGUAAGACGCUGCACUAAAGCAAUCUUUGGGCUAAUAAAACGAUCAUUUUGGUCUCCUUUGCUCAUC